AUGGCAAUGGUGUCUGGAAAAGUGGUUCAAGGUUGCCCCAACGCAGGCAAUCCUUUCCAUGAGUGUACUUCAAUCUGUUUCGAGAUAGUAAACUCCGGAAAUGUCCACAAGAAGGAAAAGAAACUCUUUGGGUUUGGUAAGAGAACUCCAAGCAGGGACUCUCCUUCAGGCAGUCCCGCUCGUGGAAGCAAAUCACCUCUUGCCAGCUAUUUUGCCAAGAAGAAGGUUGAAUCAGACACUUCACCUUCCACUGAUCACACAAACGGUAACUUUUUCAGCCGCUUGUCCCCGCUCCAGGGACGCCCGUCCCAACUCAAGAACGAGCCUACAAACAAUAUGGACUCACUACCUAUGUCUCCUUCUCAAGCAGGAUACUCCGGAGGAGACUAUUUUGCAAGGAGGGCUGAUCAGCGUGGAGGUGAGGAUAAUGAUAUGUACUCUCCAAGGCCCUUUGGAACUCAGCCUAAGACGCCUGAACACCCUCUUAGGACACCUCGGCAUAGGCCCCACACACCCCAACACCGCUCUGACACAAGGCCGUGGGCUAACCAAGAGGAUCCUAUCUCACUUGAAACUAGGGCGAGGACUCCUGAACGCCUAUCCAACACCUCUGAUACUAGGACGAGGACACCCAUACAUGACUCUGCUGCAACAGCAAGGAGGCCACAAACGCCAGAAAUUAGGCCGAGGACUGCGCAACAUAGGGGGAGGUCACCUGAAUUCAUGGCCAGAUCCCCGGGGCCAAGGUCCAAGACUCCAGAGCCUCAGCCUACCUACUUUGAACCAUUGUCAGGGACUCCGAAACAGCGGUCCAAGACGCCUGAACCCAGCCCUAGAAUUUCUCAAACUCAGCCCAUUUCCCAUAGAUCCCUUGACAGUGCUGCUCUUCAAACGCCUCGGGCAGUUGAAACUAGGCCUAGGACCGUGGAAACAAGGCCAAGAAUACAUGAAAGUAGGCAAAAGACUGAAGUCCAAAAAGGAAGGUCAGCUGAUCACAGGGAAAAGAUCUCACAAAUUCAACUGAGAUCAUCACAGGCCUACAGUUAUCUUGGGGGCAAAGCUGAGUCGGUUUACAUUGAGAAUGACGAUGAAUCAGUUCUACUCUUUCCAGAACUUGUUUUGUCACCUCAACAAGAAAAGCCACUAUCUAGACCCAUUACGCCUAGCCGCCGUGGAUAUGAAACUCCCACCAAACAGGAAGAACGUUUCAAUCAAUUGGAUGAGUCUGCGAGCUCAGAUGACGACAAAUUUUCAUUUGUGGAUGAUCAAGACGACGAUAACUCUGUUUGGCUUUACCCUGAAAUCACACCAAAAUCUGGAAGCACCACGCCCGUCCAUCACAAAUCCCCAAGCAAACAAGAUACGUAUAACAAGGAGCCUCCGGAGCUACCAGAUGAAUCGCAGAGCUUCAGUCUCUCAGAGAUCUCCCGCAUGAAAGGAAUAAUAAUUAAGAGGGACGAGGUGCAGUCCACUCUGUCUGAGUCUAUGGUUUCUGUGGGAGAUUACAAAGUCAGAGCGAGCAUCUCGGCCACUAUUGAGAAAAUCCUAGACAAGCACGGUGACAUUGCAUCUGCUUCCAAACUACAUUCGCUUGCCACAAGAUCCUACUACCUCGACAUGCUUGCCUCCGUGGCUUUCGAACUCCAGACGACUCCCUUAAAGCAUCUCAAGGAGUCCCGUGUGGUGGAAAUGCUAGCGAUUGUUAGAGACGUUGAGUCUGUUAAAAUCAAGGCAGGCUGGCUCAAGGCCGUCCUGGAGGAUAUUUUUGAGGCGGUAAAGCACUACGACCACCACAAGAUGAGCAUAAUAGAGAAAGAGAUGUGCCAAGGGGAUAUGUUGCUUGCGAAACAAGAAAUGGAGAAACAGGGGAAAGAGCUGAGGGAGAAGGAGAAGAAGUUGAAGGAGUGGAGAGAGAGAACCACCGAGAUGGCUGGCAAGUUGGCAAGUCUGGAUAUGAGGAAAGCGCGUCUCGACAAGAGAUUGGCGUUUCUCAGUUCCAAGGUGGACAAGUUUCAGGGUAAAUCUCUUCUUCAAGACAUCUUGUGA